AUGUCUUUGGCCCUUGUUAACGAAAUCAUUACCAACCCAGCUUUCCAUGAUUAUCUAGCUAUUCUGAAGGGUGCCCGAAAUGGCUUUGUGUAUGGUGUUAAAGUCAGGUUCCCCCAUGCACUCGUCAUGUCCAUUCUUUUCGGUCGCGGAGACUGGCAAUCGCGACUCCGUGUGAUAUACCGAGCUACAAAGCAACACGCUUUGAAUCUGGCCAAAUUUGUCUCGCUCUAUAAGACUGUUCUUUUGGUUCAGAAGAAGCUGAACGGUGGAAAGGAGCGAGACAGCGAUACUUUUGUAGCCGGAUUAAUCGGUGGAUAUUUCAUCUUUGGCGACCGAAAUGCGGUGAACGAGCAGAUUGUACUCUAUGUGGUAUCGCGAGUCGUUGCAUCGUUCAUUCCUCGGGCGACCUCUCCGUAUAAUACAUCCCCACAAUCUGCACUUGCAGGAUCUGCCGUGAAACCAAUACCUCCGGAUUCGAAAUAUUUCACACUAUUUGCUGCCGUCUCCUGGGGUGCUGUGAUGUGGCUCUUCCGGCAUCGGGGUGAAACUAUCCAACCCGGAAUGUUCAACUCAAUGAAAUAUCUAUAUCGCGAUUCCGAUACGUGGAAGGACCUGAAGACCCUCUUUUGGCACAAUACUUAA